AGGAUGAAUAAGAGAUAUUUACAGAAAGCAACAAAAGGAAAACUGCUAAUAAUAAUAUUUGUUGUAACGCUGUGGGGGAAAUUAGCAUCUGGGGCAAAUCAUCAUAAAGCUCACCAUGUUAAAACUGGGACCUGUGAAGUGGUGGCACUCCACAGAUGUUGCAAUAAGAACAAGAUAGAAGAAAGAUCACAGACGGUGAAGUGCUCCUGCUUCCCUGGGCAGGUAGCAGGUACCACCCGGGCAGCUCCUUCUUGUGUUGAUGCUUCAAUAGUGGAGCAGAAAUGGUGGUGCCACAUGCAACCAUGUCUUGAAGGGGAGGAAUGUAAAGUUCUUCCAGAUCGUAAGGGGUGGAGCUGUUCCUCUGGGAAUAAAGUGAAAACAACUAGGAACCAGUAUCAAGAUGAUCCCGACUACAGAGAAGUUAUAGGAAUUUGGAGCUUUCAGUCGGAAAUCUCCAUAAUACUCAAGCAGGAAGACAUUUCUAAUCAGUUUGGGCAUGGUGCUAGUAAUGUGCAUCAGUUUAUCAUGAGUUCAAGCUGUGGCAGUAUUCCUGGAGCCAAAUGUGAGUGCACUACCUCAAAAUGCCAGCAGUGGAAGCUGGUAAGCAAGUGGGAAAAAAUCACGAGAGGAAUCUCUGAAGGUUGGGGCAAAGGCAGAAAACACAUCAGUACUGCAAAUAACAGAGCAGCAGGUACUCUCAUAGAGAAGAUAAAAUCACAGGUAACCCGAUAG